AUGACGUACAUACCUGACCUCUCUAUUGCACGACAGCAGGAGGUGGCCAAGGUCACGCGCAAGAACGCGCAGAGCAGGCAGGCGCACCAGAAGCUCGUGGAGCAGCAGCGACGCGCUGAUUCUAACGAUGCCGUGCGUCGCAGAGUCCGCGUGGACGUGCUGACGGCCUGGACCAAUGCGCGCCUGAAGGACGACCACAUUGAGCGCAUUAAGCGCGAGGGAGCGCUCUCCAUCGCCUCGGAGCUGCAGAAGACGUCCGCAGUGAACGAGUUCUCGUCGCUGCAGGAGCGGUGUAUCUACGAGAUCGCGCGUUCGUUUGACCUCUACAGCUCCUCGUGUGAGUUCACCCAAGCGUUCUUCGCCUCUUUCGAGCCGUGGAUGGUGUCGAGACUUGCAGAGCUCACGACGGCAUUCAAGACGAUGAGUGACGGCAACGUGAAGCUGCUGUUGCUGCAGCCAACAGAACAUCUUACCAUCGGCUUCGUGCGGGACGAGAAGUCGCUGGCUCCGCUCUUCGACGAAGCGGAGGUGGAUCACCGCAUGGCGUGGCAAUUCGCCCCCGGCCACUUAAUGGAGCAUGAGGCUGAGUCGUGGGAGGAUCUGGACGUUGAAGAUGUCGAUAUCGUGCAAACGCAAGAAGAAGUGCGGCUGCUGUCGCUCAGUCUCGUGUCGUGCCUGGGUCUGUCCAGCCGCUUCCUCACGCAGUUGACGACGGCGCAUCCGUACCUCGAGCACCUCAAGAUCGUCGACUGCUUCGACGCCGCGGCAGGCGAGCAGGGCGCUGCGCUGUUGCAGCAGCUGGCCAAGUCGCGGUCGCUCAAGACGCUGCACUUCUCGUGGUGCUGCUGGCUGACCACCGAGAUCCUCGUCACCUUCGCGUACCAACUGCUCGAGCCGCCCGUGUCGCCGCUGCAGGAGCUACACGUAUCCGACUGCUUCGACGUGCUGGGCGAAUAUGUAGCAUCCGUCUUCAAUGAGUUGCUGCCCAGCACUGACCGUCACUCUCGGCGAAGCAAAAGGACGGAAGCCAUGAGCAUCGCGGGGCCGCUCUACCGCCGCACGCCACGGCUGUUCAACCGCAACAAGCCCGGGGAGUGGGGUCUGGUCUGGUGCGAGCUGGCGCUGGAGCGCGGGGAGCUGGUGGUGGCGCUGGACCCGGACGGCCGCAGCCGCAUCGCCACGAUCCCCGUCAAGGACUGCGAGCUCGCCCACGUGCGCAGCGACGGCCGCGACUGCAUCGAGCUGACGAUCAUUCGCGGCAAAAAGGAAACUUUCUCGUCCCACGAGUCCAGCCACGAUGUGGAUUGGUGGUACGGUGGCAAUACUUACUCUACUAGAGCUCUUGAUAUUAUCUUUUCUGUGAACUUCAACGCUGAUAAAAUACUUUUUAUUUUAUUAUUUAUUUGUGUGUGUGACAGGAUGACGACGUUGAUUGCCGUGAAGAGGGACCUGGAGAGAGGAGUGAAGCCUCAAUUUUCUUUGCUGACGCCGCCCGUGUCGGAGCCAACGACCAGGCCCAAGCACAUGCGGCGUCCGUCGUCGACGCUGAGUCUGAACUUGAACUUGGCUGCCAAUGCGGCUGCUGCCGGCAAUACGCAGAACGGAGCGACACUGGGUCGACCCACACUCAGACGCCGCAAGCCGGCGUUGGCGACGUGCGAGACGCUCUUUGAGCGCUUCACGAUCUACGAGACGCCGUCGAUGUACUACGUCGUGUGCUCGGAUCGCCACUACUCGCGGUUCCGGAUGAUUGAGCUGGAUCGGAUGGUGGAACGACCCAAGAAGCUGAACGAGGUUUUGAAGGAAGAUGAGCGGGUCUAUGACUGGGAGCAGAUGGAGGCGAGAUUGCAGGCGCUGGCGGAACUUGCUCGAGUGCACGGUACUGGGGAUCUGGUGAGGGCGUUCACGGCUGUGGCAAUUGUCGGCUGCAUCCGAUUCCUGCGAGGGUACUACUUCAUUUUCGUCACUCAGCGACGCAAGAUUGGGAAUAUUGGGGGCAACUCGAUUUACGGUAUUUCGGCGACACAACAACUUAACUUGAGUCGCCCCGAAGAAGAUCAGAGCGCAUGGACUCGACUGAACCGGUGGUUCAAUCCCAGCCCGGAAGAGGAAGCUGAAGCGCGCUACCUUGGACUAUUCCAUUUUCUGGAUCUCACGAAGGACUUCUAUUUCAGCUACUCGUAUGAUAUCACCCAUACCCUGCAGCACAACAUGACUACUGAACACUCAGAGCCAGCGGAGAUGUUCACGUGGAACUCGUAUUUGACCCGCGAGUUGCGCUCGUGCUUGAGUGGGGGAGCUGCUGCUGAUUUGGUCGUCCCUCUCGUGUUGGGGUGUUACGAGCAGCGGAAGUGUUCGGUGUUCGGCCGUCUCGUUAGUAUUGUUCUGUUGGCACGUCGCUCCCGCCAUUUUGCCGGAACACGCUACCUGAAGCGUGGUGUGGCUGACACCGGUAAAGCCGCAAACGAUGUCGAAACUGAGCAGAUCAUCGAAGACGAGAGUAUGGGUCCCGGCAAAUUCAGUUCUUUUGUGCAGCACCGCGGAUCAAUUCCAGUUUUCUGGUCGCAGGAGACGUCAGCAACCUUGCCGAAGCCGCCUAUCGUACUCAACCGCGUCGACCCAACGUACACUGCGACUCAGAAACACUUUGCCGAUUUGUUUUCGCGCUACGGCUCGCCAAUUGUGGCACUUAACCUCGUCAAGCAGUCCGAAAAGAAAGAACGCGAGGUCAUUGUCGGCAACGAGUACAUGAAUGCGGUGGAGUACCUAAACAGCUUCAUGCCACCAGACCAUCGCGUGCGCUAUGUGGCGUUGGAUUACUCUCGGUUGUCUGGACCAAAGCAAAAAGGACUUAACGUUCUGCAUUCGUUGGACAAGGUCGCAGUAUGGGCUCUCACCCAGACAGGAUUUUUCUGCAGCGCACCCAAGCGACAGAUCAAUCAAAAUGGCAACCGACGUACAGCUCAAGCUUUUGUCCCCAAUGCACCAUCUGAACCUUGGGACGCGUUUACGGUGUCUAGCCAUCUUCAACAAGUUGGCGAGGACAGUGUAGAGGUGUCUCCGGUAGACCCACCUCCAUCUCCGACAAUUACAAGGAAUUCCGGGGACUGGCUUGAGCAGCGAGGAAUCCUGAGAACAAACUGCAUCGAUUGCUUGGAUCGCACAAACGUGAGCCAGUUCAGUGUUGGAAUGCGCGCACUGGGGCAGCAGCUUUACGUGAUGGGAAUCAAGAACACACCACUCCUGGAGAGCCGCUCGCAACUGGUUCUCGUUCUGAUGAAGCUAUAUUCCUUGAUGGGUGAUGCGAUCUCAAUGCAGUACGGUGGGUCAGAAGCCCACAAAAACGUCAAGAACAGCGCUGCACGAGAAAAUGUCAAGCAUCGCGAGCUGCUUACAUCCAUUCGACGGUACUACAGCAACUCAUUUACAGAUACGGCAAAGCAGGACGCCAUCAAUAUCUUCCUGGGUCACUUUGUGCCUAAGGAAGAUUCGCCGCCGCUGUGGGAGCUUGAUUCGGACUACUACCUGCACAACUUUGAGGUACGCAACGGAAUGGCUGCAUGUGAAAAUGUGCGCCGGAACCUCGCCUUUCACGCUGAAAACAAGCGAAAAGCGUUCGGAGAGUUUUAUGGUAUUCCUCCUAUGCAGCUUUCUUGCUGCUCAUCGUCGGAAAUUCUGGAUGAAGACAGUGAUGGAUCCGGCGACAGCGAUGACGAGUCCAUCCACGCUAACGUUUUGGUGUUAGCAGCGCGUGACCAAGCGAAACGUGAUGCGUAUAUUCGAGAGUGCAGAAGGGUACUUGAUGACUGGUGGAAGGAGCCGUUGGAUGCGUUCGAGCGGCCAAAGUAUUGUCUGCCACCUCCAGACGAAAAAGCACCAUGCGCGUGCGAUCAGGUUGUUCGUAAAGGAAUCAGGGAAGAACUAUUGGGUGGUUCAACAGUGAACAGCUCGAAGCAAUCCGGUGCUGGAAAUCGAAAAGCGUCACCCCGAUCUCCGUGCUCGGACGAUUUCCUGCACAUGUAUCAUCCAGAGGAACUGACGACUUUCGAUAAGGUGCUUGGGUACAAAUUCAUGCUUCCGAUGGAGAUAUCGGACGAGGUGACCGACAAAGAGAAAAGACGGUCCGAGAGUGCUGUUGUUGCGCAUCUAACGUCGGCACCAUCGUCGUCGUCCAUUUCUGGGCUAGCUCGCGUUGACGAGGAAAAUUUCUCAGACUUGGAGCAAGGUACUCGACGAGGACAGCAAAAGCAUGGCAACAACAGAUCGUAUCGAAGUAUGAGUGCCCCUGAUAUCGGAGAGGAAGUGGGGUACUCGCCGAAGCCAAACCUUAGAGCCCGGGACAACGCUCGUGAGCACAAACAAGGACACCAGGAGGAUUACACCAGCAUUAGUGGAUCAGAGUCUCGUCGUGCGUCACGCUCGGCUCUUGCUGAAGCCAUCAACAAGUACGGAGGUCAUGGAUCGGCAGCUCUGAAGACCGCCGUCAAGCGCAAGGACGACCAAAUCAGUAUCGAGGAUUAUGUGCUGAGCAGAGGGCGUCGGAAGUUUGUUGGAGAUUGCUCCACCCCUACAGUCGACCCCGUUUAUCAGCAGUAUGAAUGGCUAGUUUGGAUACAUGCGUUGAGGUUUCACACGCUGACCUCACUUCAAUCUUUUUUUUACAGAUACGUGCUUGGGAAGCAAUCGCCUCAAAUAUGGGAAAACGACAACGAAAGCGUCAAGAUGUACUUCGAGGCGUAUAUGCGAGACAAUCGAAUCAGCCCUGACGAUGCACGAAGCCUUCGUGAGGCUCAAGCUCGAGCUGGCGCGACGUUCAAGCUGCAAACUGGGCCAUAUACCGGUCUCGAGCAAAAUGUGAAGGCGCGAGUGCUGGUUGCCAAGAAGCUAAAAACCGAGCCCGAGGACCGAAAACUGUUCGAGGAGACGCUAAAUAUGAAGAAGCUCGUUCAGACCGGCGAUGCCUCAGUUCCUGCCGAGAGUCUGGAGCUGUACAAGACCUUCUUCGACGAAGAGCUGCCCAGCGUAGAAAUUUACCGACCGGCAAAGAUCAGUGCUCCUCCAGCGUCUGUGUCCGUUGAUUUGACACCUCCAGUGACCAAACGGUGCACCUCAGCGACAGCGCUGUCGUCAGAGCUCGCCAAGAGUAUUCAACGGCUGUCUUUGAUAAAGAAGAACCGUACGCGAUUCAGCGGAGGUGACCUGAUCUCCGUCGGCCCCCUAUUCAAGAUGGACGGUGGCAAAGAUCGCGACUUCAUCGUGUUCAAUGAAGCGGCUGCGGAGAAUUCGUUCGGCGAGGUGACCCGCAACGAAACGGAGUUGUCAUUCUACUCCAAAUAA